AUGAGCUCUGCUGGUAUGAAGAUCUUUUAUUAGCAUGGAGAUUUACUUGAGAGUUUAGUUAGUUAAAGUAAAACAAUCUCAAAAUUACUAAGAUCUACAGAGAAAAUCUUGAUUCCAACUUCAUUUGAGAGUUGUUAAACAAAGGAUCACAAUAAUAUCUUGGAAGUUUAAGAAGAUGGGGGAUUAAAGCCUCAUAAAAUAUAUAGAUACAGUACUUUCAAAUGGAGUAAUAAGUAGAAAAAAACAAGCAUAAAAGAUAACUAAUAAGAAAAUACAGGCCAUAGUGUAUAAGAAGCAUAAGUAUAAGAUAUUAAAGGCGUUAUGUCUGGAAAGUUUUAAAAGCUGACUAAAAAAGAAGAUGAUUAAAAUGAAUCCCAGGACAUUAAGGAAUAAAUUUUGAAUUUAGAUUAGAUUUAGAGUUUUUGA